UUUCCAACUGAGGGGAAGAGAAGAGAAAGAGGGGGAAAGGAGGACCGAAAAGGAGGAGGAGGAGGAGGUGGAGGAGGAGGAAGAUCAGGAGGAGGAGGAAGAAGAGGAAAAAAGAGAAAAAGAAGAAAUAUCACAGAAAAAAAAAAAAACUCUUCGUUGUCUUGCCUGGGCUUUUCCCCCCCUAAAAAAUAACAUAUUGGAGAAUUGGGAGAAGUCUCUUUGGUUUGGAAAAAAAAAAAAGGAAUCUUCAGCCUAGAUCACUUUCUUAUCCGGACUGGGAUAUUAAAUAUACGACACAUCCAGGAGUUUAUUGGAGCGCAGACUGAUGGCGCAAAGGUACGAUGAGCUGCCCCAUUACGGCGGGAUGGACGGAGUAGGGGUUCCCGCUUCCAUGUACGGAGACCCUCACGCGCCGCGGCCGAUCCCCCCGGUUCACCACCUGAACCACGGUCCGCCGCUCCACGCCACACAGCACUACGGCGCGCACGCCCCGCACCCCAAUGUCAUGCCGGCCAGCAUGGGAUCCGCUGUCAACGACGCCUUGAAGCGGGACAAGGACGCGAUCUAUGGGCACCCGUUGUUUCCUCUGUUAGCUCUGGUCUUUGAGAAGUGCGAGCUGGCGACCUGCACUCCCCGGGAACCUGGAGUGGCCGGCGGAGACGUCUGCUCCUCCGACUCCUUCAACGAGGACAUCGCGGUCUUCGCCAAGCAGGUUCGCGCCGAAAAGCCACUUUUUUCCUCAAAUCCAGAGCUGGACAAUUUGAUGAUACAAGCAAUACAAGUACUAAGGUUUCAUCUUUUGGAGUUAGAAAAGGUCCACGAACUGUGCGAUAACUUCUGCCACCGAUACAUUAGCUGUUUGAAGGGGAAAAUGCCCAUCGACCUCGUCAUUGAUGAAAGAGACGGCAGCUCCAAGUCAGAUCAUGAAGAACUUUCAGGCUCCUCCACAAAUCUUGCUGACCAUAACCCUUCUUCUUGGCGAGACCACGAUGAUGCAACCUCAACCCACUCAGCAGGCACCCCAGGGCCCUCCAGUGGGGGCCAUGCGUCCCAGAGCGGAGACAACAGCAGUGAGCAAGGGGAUGGUUUAGACAACAGUGUAGCUUCACCUGGUACAGGUGAUGAUGAUGAUCCGGAUAAGGACAAAAAACGCCAGAAGAAAAGAGGCAUUUUCCCCAAAGUAGCAACAAAUAUCAUGAGAGCAUGGCUCUUCCAGCAUCUCACACAUCCGUACCCUUCCGAAGAGCAGAAGAAACAGUUAGCGCAAGACACAGGACUUACAAUUCUCCAAGUAAACAACUGGUUUAUUAAUGCCAGAAGAAGAAUAGUACAGCCCAUGAUUGACCAGUCAAAUCGAGCAGGUUUUCUUCUUGAUCCUUCAGUGAGCCAAGGAGCGGCAUAUAGUCCAGAGGGUCAGCCCAUGGGGAGCUUUGUGUUGGAUGGUCAGCAACACAUGGGGAUCCGGCCUGCAGGUUUGCAGAGCAUGCCAGGGGACUACGUUUCUCAGGGUGGUCCUAUGGGAAUGAGUAUGGCACAGCCAACUUACACUCCUCCCCAGAUGACCCCACACCCUACUCAAUUAAGACAUGGACCCCCAAUGCAUUCAUAUUUGCCAAGCCAUCCCCACCACCCAGCCAUGAUGAUGCACGGAGGACCCCCUACCCACCCUGGAAUGACUAUGUCAGCACAGAGCCCCACAAUGUUAAAUUCUGUAGAUCCCAAUGUUGGAGGACAGGUUAUGGACAUUCAUGCCCAAUAGUAUAAGGGAACUCAAGGGAAAAGGAAACACACGCAAAAACUAUUUUAAGACUUUCUGAACUUUGACCAGAUGUUGACACUUAAUAUGAAAUUCCAGACAGCUGUGAUUAUUUUUUACUUUUGUCAUUUUUCAUCAAGCAACAGAGGACCAAUGUGACAAGAACACAAAUGUGAAAUCAUGGGCUGACUGAAACGAUUCUGUCCAUGUAAAGAUCCUCUGGAAAAAGACUCUGAGAGUUAUAACUACUGUAGUAUAAACAUAGGAACUAAGUUAAACUUGUACAUUUCUGUUGAUCACGCCGUUAUGUUGCCUCAAAUAGUUUUAGAAGAGAAAAAAAUAUAUAUCCUUGUUUUCCACACUAUGUGUGUUGUUCCCAAAAGAAUGACUGUUUUGGUUCAUCAGUGAAUUCACUAUCCAGAAGAGACUGUGGUAUAUAUUUUAAACCUGUUGGGCCAAUGAGAAAAGAACCACACUGGAGAUCAUGAUGAACGUUUGGCUGAACCUCAUCACUCGAACUCCAGCUUCAAGAAUGUGUUUUCAUGCCCGGCCUUUGUUCCUCCAUAAAUGUGUCCUUUAGUUUCAAACAGAUCUUUAUAGUUCGUGCUUCAUAAGCCAAUUCUUCUUAUUUUUGGGGGACUCUUCUUCAAAGAGCUUACCAAUGAAGAUUUAAAGACAGAGCAGGAGCUUCUUUUCCAGGAGUUCUGAGCCUUGGUUGUGGACAAAACAAUCUUAAGUUGGGCAGCUUUCCUCAACACAAAAAAGUUAUUAAUGGUCAUUGAACCAUAACUAGGACUUUAUCAGAAACUCAAAGCUUGGGGGAUAAAAAGGAGCAAGAGAAUACUGUAACAAACUUCGUACAGAGUUCGGUCUAUUAAUUGUUUCAUGUUAGAUAUUCUAUGUGUUUACCUCAAUUGAAAAAAAAAGAAUGUUUUUGCUAGUAUCAGAUCUGCUGUGGAAUUGGUAUUGUAUGUCCAUGAAUUCUUCUUUUCUCAGCACGUGUUCCUCACUAGAAGAAAAUGCUGUUACCUUUAAGCUUUGUCAAAUUUACAUUAAAAUACUUGUAUGAGGACUGUGACGUUAUGUUAAAAAAAAAAAGGUGUUAAGUCACAAAUGCGGUAAUAAAUAUUUCAUUUUUGAUUUUU